AGUAGAAAGACGAGAAGAGGAGAAAAAAAAAAAAAGUAACAGCAGGAGGAGGAUGACAUUUUCAACCAAACCAAUCAUCAUCAUCAUUACUAUUCAACUUCUCCUCCUCUUCACACUCGCCGCCGCUUCAUCACUCUCAUCUCCGGUGCUGUUGGCAUCGCCAUCCCAUUCAACCACCGCAGCAACAGACCCAACUCCGACCCCGUGGCCCCACCAAUUCCACUCCAUUCUCUUCGUCAACUACAGCGGAGCUCUCAGCAUCAUCGAUCUGUGGUACGACUGGCCAAACGGUCGCAACUUCAAUAUCAUACAGGACCAGCUGGGCAAACUUCUCUACGAUCUCGAAUGGAACAACGGCACUUCUUUCUUCUACACUUUGGGCUCCACCCAAACGUGUAGGUCCGCACAGCUGGAGGUUGGGAUUCUUCGACCUAAUUGGCUCCACGGGGCCAACUAUCUGGGUCAGCGACAAGUGGAUGGCUUCCUCUGCAAUGUCUGGGAGAAGCUCGACUUCAUUUGGUACUACGAAGACGUUCUCACCAAAAGGCCUGUCGGUUGGGUCUUCUACACUGGUAAUUCUACUAUACUUAAUGCUAAUUAUCAUGAUACAAUUCCAAAGUAG